AUGCUUUGUAACAUAUUUACUAAAAGAUUCUACACGGUCACCACAACUUCCGUGGCUUCCCGCAAACCCCUUUGGAGGCGGAAGCAGACCUUUUAUCACAGGCUCUGGAACUCCCUCACAGCUAAAAAAUGGCAAGAAUUUAAUGAAUUACUUCGGACGAUGAGGGAGAGCGGUCUAAAUGACGAUGAGGUCACUUACACACUCAAGGCUCACUAUUUCAUUCUUAAUCCACAUGUCGCCGUUGAGAAUUGCUUCUUAGUCUUAGAGGAGAUGAAAAAGGCUCUCAUACACCCUUCAGUUAUAAGGAUGAACGAGUUUCUAAUCAACUCCUACUUCGAGUUAGAGGAGCUUUCAUGUGAGCCUCCCAGGCUUUUAUGGCAGAACUUUACCAAAAUGAUUUGGCAGACGUCGCUUAAGUUAAAUCGCCAACGCAGGCACAGGUUAAUUAAACAGUUGCUUUUAAAGGAUCCUAAUGACUUGAUGAAUAUUUCUCAAAAGGAUAUCGAAUCAAUGGCCAUAGAAGAAUUCAACGAUAAUUUACUCACUCCGUUCAUGUCAAUUAAGGAGAUUCACGACGAUCCCAUUGACGUCAACUUGGACAAAUUCAAGGACGUUAAGAUUAAGAAACUAGACUUCCAGUCUCAGUACACUCUAGAUCACAUGGACAAAGUUGAAUAG